GAUCUUUUCAUUCACAGUCUCAUUUUCAUCUUAUCAUUUGAAAAGAAAAAAAAUUAAAAUAUGAUUUUCCCUCGUUUUUUUUUCCUACAGUUGUUGAGUUGAGUUCUGGCGGGUGGUUCAAAAGUAAAUUACAAAAAGUCCCCGCUCGAGGGUAUUUUAGUAAAUGCCUCAUCGCCGAAAAACUAGGGUUUCCGCCCCCGUCUUUCUCCCCGAUUACAAAGCCCACCUCCGUUUGUUUUGUCCGCUCAUACACCAUUCACCGUUUCUCUCUCUUCCUUAUCAUCAAACUUGAUCUGAUUGGCGCCUUUGAAAAUGUCGGAGGGAUCAGAAGAAACGAAGACAAAGAUCGAUUCCGCCGGAGAGUUAUCGGACGUCGAUAACGAGAACUGCAGUAGCAGUGGAAGUGGCGGCGGCGAGACGAAGAAGACUUGCGUUGAUUGCGGAACAUUCAAAACUCCUCUCUGGCGCGGUGGCCUUGCCGGACCUAAGUCACUGUGCAAUGCUUGUGGGAUCAAGAGCAGGAAGAAGAGGCAAGCGGCUCUCGGGAUCAAACCAGAGAAGAAGAUCAGAAAAAGCAACAGCUGUGAGAGUGAUCUAAGCCUCGAAGAUGAUCGUAACGUCAAUAACAAGAUCAAGAAAGCUGAUGAUCAUACUAGUACUAGUAGCAGCUGCAGCAAAAGAGUGAGUAAGUUUCUGGAUCUGGGAUUGGAAGUGCCGGUGAUGAAGAGAUCAUCGGUUGAGAAGAAGAGGCUGUGGAAGAAACUCGGCGAGGAAGAAAGAGCCGCCGUGCUUCUCAUGGCGCUCUCUUGCGGCUCUGUUUAUGCGUAAACGAUGGAGAUCAAAACUUCUCUGUUUGGUGUCGUUAGGGAAUAAUUAAAGUGAGGGGUUUUGAUUAAUUAUUUAAUUAACUUAAGACAAUAGAGAUAACUGUGUAAUAGCUAGUGAUGUCGGGUUUUUUUUGGCUGGUUCCCACUAAUGUUAUGUGUUCUUUUGCUAAUCACGUUUUAAAUUUUGUGUUGAGAAGAAUAACAAUUAAUUCAAGGUGUUUUUAAAUUUUUAA